GGGGCAAGGUAAAUUAUUUCCACAGCGCCAAAGACGAAGCAGAAAAACGGAAGUUGGAGGAAGUAUGAAUGUCAAACGGAGCAUGGUGGGCUUCGUAAAGAUGUCAGGGUACAGCUUGUUUAGGAUAGUGACAAACACAAACAACGCUGCAACGCUGCUGUGCAGGACGAGCAUACUGAGCAGAACACAGACCUGCGGAUAUGCCAAGAAAGUUGUGGCCAAAGGGAAAGGCAAAGGCAUGGUGAAAGAAGAGUUUAAAGCUCCAGAGGUGUGUAAAGACCCCAUCAGACUUACUUCUUAUGCAGUAGGGGUCAACAUCUUCAAACAAGGAGAAGACCCCCAGCUAAAGCCACCUGAGGAAUAUCCAGAGUGGUUGUUCAAGUUGAAUCUGGGAGAGGUUAAAAAGUUGCAUGAACUGGACACGGACACCUGGGAAUACUGGAAGCGUCUGAGGAAGGAAAACAUGUGGCGUUUCAACAGACUACAUAAAGGGAAGAAGUUUUAAGCCUUCACUGGGCUGGCAGAGGACUUCUUCCUGUAUAUCAGGUUGCUUCCAGCCUGUGUGGACUGAAAUGGCUGACAUGGUGUUUUCACCUUCCUGAAUGAAAAAUCAUAACUCAACUCCUUGUCAGUUCCGUCAGUUAUCUAAAAAUCAUGCAGCAUAUUCAGUGACCCUCUGGUGACAGUACAUUAAAGCUGUACACUCAUAGUUGGUUAUGUUAAAAAAGGGGUAACAACGCAAUGGAUUCCGAAGUAAGACCUAAAAAAUUAAACAGUCUCAAUAAAUACAUGAACAUCACAAGCUUAAAGGUCCAGAGUGUACGAUUUAGCUUUUUCACCUUUUGAGUUUUUUUCACAAAUUUUACAGUCAUCGUAGUUUCUCUUUCAUUCUAGAAAGAAAAUUGUGACGUAACAUUUCUCCUUUUUUAAAAGUAGCUCACCUUUUGACCUUGAAAACCGUAGUUGACAAAACAACACCGCGAGGUCCAUUUGGCAGUUGUAUUUGCCUACUGAUGUUCAUAUUUCAAAGAUAUACAGCUAUACCGUAUUUGUUUCAUGGAUGCUGUAUUACAUUGAUUGGAUUUGUACAUGUUCAUGUUUUUGGGUUCAUAUCUGAAGAGAAAUGGCCUGCUGGUAUUUCCACCAUCCACCAACUUAUUUUUUUUCACUUUGUGUUGUUUUUGCCUUUAUAAAUAAAUAAAUAUAAACAUGCAAAACUG